GCGCGGAGCGUAAUGCCCAUGUUGUUCUACGCUCUGCUCACUGCGUGUCUGAUCGGCGUCCGGGCAGAGCCAUCCCCAGCCAGCAAUGCGCCAGCAGGAGACGCCGUUCCCCGCGCGCACUGGACCAGACUCCAGCACUCCUUGGACACGGCCCUCCGCAAAGCCCACGGCGCCCCGGCUGCCCCGAUAGCUGCCCGGGUGUCAGGGGAGACGCGCAACAUCUCUGUGGACCCCAGGUUGUUUAAGAAAAGGCGACUAAGGUCGCCCCGGGUGCUGUUCAGCACCCAGCCCCCACCCGUGUCUGGGGACCCCCAGGACCCAGACCUGCCACUCCCGGAGGGCUCGGCCUUCAACAGGACUCAGAGGAGCAGGCGCUCACCCAGCCACCCCGUCUUCCACAUGGGGGAGUUCUCGGUCUGUGACAGCGUCAGCGUGUGGGUCGGGGACAAGACCACGGCCACAGACAUCAAGGGCAAAGAGGUGGCGGUGCUGAGUGAGGUGAACAUCAACAACAGCGUCUUCAAACAGUACUUUUUUGAGACCAAAUGCCGAGAGCCCAGCCCCGCGGAGGGUGGCUGCCGCGGGAUCGACGCCAAACACUGGAACUCAUACUGCACCACCACGCACACCUUCGUCAAGGCGCUCACCACCGACGCCAAGCAGGCGGCCUGGCGCUUCAUCCGCAUCGACACGGCCUGCGUGUGCGUCCUCAGCCGCAAGGCCGCCCGCCGGGGCUGA